ACGAGUACUACUACAACCUGGUCCUGGAAGUUCUCAAUCUGUGUCACCGCCUUCAUUCCCAAUCCAUAUUUUUCUCGUCAGCAAAAAACGAGCCCCAUCGAUUGUCACCGGUCCUACUCUUUCGUCCCCCAAACCUCCCUCAUUCACCUGACUCAAUCAUAAUUUACCUAUCCACAAGCUCCAAUCAUGCCUGAAAAGCAGCGAGUUUGUCUGGCCUACUCUGGUGGCCUCGAUACCUCAUGUAUUCUUGCAUGGCUGAUCGAAAAGGGCUACGAUGUCAUUUGCUUCAUGGCCAAUAUUGGACAAGAGGAGGACUUUGAAGCUGCCAAAGCAAAGGCCUUGAAGAUUGGUGCAAAGGAGUGCUACGUUGAGGACGUGGUUGACGAGUUUGUCAAGGAGCUGUGCUUUCCUGCGAUCCAGUGCAAUGCCAGCUACGAAAACAUCUACCUUCUUGGUACAUCCCUCGCUCGACCAGUCAUUGCCCGAGCCCAAGUUGCCGUUGCACAAAAGGAAGGUUGUCAAUUCAUCUCUCACGGUUGCACUGGCAAGGGUAACGAUCAGGUCCGAUUCGAGUUGGCCUUUUACGCCCUUCAACCCUCCAUCCAGGUCAUUGCUCCAUGGCGAAUUCCAGAAUUCUACGAGACCUUCAAGGGCCGAAAUGACCUGCUGGACUAUGCUGCAAAGAUGGGAAUCCCUGUCACCUCCACCAAAUCCAAGCCCUGGUCCAUGGAUGAGAAUCUGGCCCACUGCAGUUACGAAGCUGGUAUUCUAGAAGACCCAGACACCACCCCUCCUAGCGACAUGUGGAAGUUGACAGCCGACCCCAUUCUGUCUGCGCCCAACGAGCCUGAAGACCUUGUUAUUGAGUUCGAGAAGGGUCGACCCGUCAAGCUCACCUCGCCCUCCACCGGCACCAAGACUACUCCAACUGAGAUCUUCCUUGCUGCCAACGCCCUCGCCCGCAAGCAUGGUGUCGGCCGAAUCGACAUUGUGGAGAACCGAUUCAUCGGUAUCAAGUCACGAGGAUGCUACGAAACCCCCGGCUUGACCGUCCUCCGCAACGCUCACAUUGAUCUCGAGGGUCUGACUCUGGACCGAGAAGUUCGUGCUCUACGAGAUCAAUUCGUCACUAUCUCCUACUCCCGAGUUCUCUACAAUGGACUCUACUUCUCGCCUGAACGCGAGUUCCUCGAGGCCAGCAUUGUCGAGUCUCAAAAGAGCGUCAACGGACAGGUCCGAGUCCGCCUCUACAAGGGUAAUACCAUCAUCCUUGGCCGAAGCAGCCAGACUGAGAAGCUGUACGAUGAGAGCGAAAGCUCCAUGGACGAGAUUGGAAGCUUCGAGCCCAACGAGACCGGUGGCUUCAUCAAGGUGCAAGCCAUCCGACUCAAGAAGUACGGCCAAAGCAAAGCAGAAAAGGGUGAGAGGCUGUAGAUGUUGUCGUUCAGCCAAACGACAAAUCUUAUACCUGGCCGUGGCUAUUACUACGUAAUGAGGGAUUCUGGAAGAAUCAAGGGCUUGGAGUCUUGCGAUAGGAAUAGGAACGAUGGAUGGGUGGAAUGAUUUUGUCUUGGGACAAAUCACGUGGCUAAGUUGAUGAAGUUUCUUGAUUGCAUAGCUACUCCACCCCAUAAAAUACAGUCGACCAUAAAAUCAUGAAAUGUAACUCAUUACGUCUACCAGCCUGGGACCAUACAAGACAUCAUUGUACACACUGCAACCAGGUCGCCAUCGCUAAAAUCAUCCGACUCUAUAGGCUUGGUUCUUUGCCCGGAGAACCGGCCCAUAUUUGUACAGGACAAUAGGAAUUGGGAUCAUCAGAGCAGCCAAGCAGCCGAGAAGUGUGCUGGCCCAUUGCACUCCCAUUCCCUUGUACUAAUGAAACAGAAAAUCAGCCACGUCAACUGGACCAGGUUAGGUAUGUGGAAAUGACACUUACCAUAUAAAACCCAAAAAGCGGAAAGACGCUUCCAAACAAGGAACGAAGAAAAGUAUGUGCAGCGACCGCGGACGCAGGCCUAUCGAGGUAGGUGAUCAGUCAAUGAGCGCGCGCGUGUGAAAUGCCAACCAACAAGGGAAAACAUACCUGUCUGCACGCGCUUGGAUCAGAUACGCGAUAGACGGUACAAAUGUACACACCAAGCCAAAACCCGUCAAGAUGCCUGACAAUGUGGGCACAAUCCAAUGGAUAUCGCGUCGAUAACCGGUCCAACCAUACCAGAACAGACCGAUUGAAAAGGACACAGCGCCUGGCACAGCGACAGGGAGAUUCCACUCUGGCAUUAGGACUCCAUUGUUUUCUUUAGUCUUACGCAGCAUCCAAGGCUGCUGGAGGAAGAUGGCCACAACGGCAAGUACCUGUCCGACAAUGAGGCCGAGGUAGGGCAAACCACCCACACCUGGCGACAUGCCAUGGAUCAUUUGAAACACCACGGGGUAUCCAAUGAGGAACAGAUACAGGAGACCAUAGACGAAUGAUCCAAACAGACUCAUCAACAGGACGAUUGGGUCGGAAAUGAGCAUCGUGAUAGGAAGACCGACGUAUUCGACAAGUAUGACGCGCAACGAGAGUGGCACAGCUUCAUGCUCGGCGAUGAUUGACAUGUUACCCGUCUCUUUUCGUAUCGACGCGGCCUUUCUAGCCAGGAUGACCGGCGCAUAUGUCUCCUUGAGAACGAAUAUCAGUGGCACCAAGGCCGCAGCUCCGAGAAUGCCACAGAGAUACUGUGUCCAUUUCCAACCAAGGUGUUCAUUCAUGACGAUGAAGCCGCCGACGGGUUGACCGACCACGGGGCCCAUGAAGACCGUAAACGCGAACAUGACCAUGGAUAUACCGAACGACUUGCCCUCGAACAUGUCGGCGUUGAUCGGUCCAGCGAGAGUUAAAGGUCCAGCGCCGAAGAAUCCCGCUAGGUAUCGACAGAUGAGGAUUGAGGGAGUGUUUUUGGAUACUGCGGUGCCGAAUGAAAAGGCUGUGAAUCCAAAUACCGAUAUGAUGAAUGGUAGGUAUCGUCCUUUGAGUUCCGAGAAUGAUGCCCAUACCAUAGGACCAAGGGCAAAGCCUAAUACAAACAGAGAAACUCCGAGGGUUGCUACCUCUCGGUCGAUUUGGUAAAUGCGCAUCAAUGACGGAACUGCUGUUGCGAAGAUGGCACUGGCGAAUGUCACAAUCAUGGUUGCGUAUGUCGUUAAUGCGGCGAUUGUGACUCUACCGAUGAUCGACAUUUUGUGUCAGUUGGGGUUCACAUGAAGACUAGACUCAGAUGGGGGUUGGGAUGUGGAAAAAGAGAAAGGGCAAGGGUUAGGUUGGUAGCCUACCUUUUACUCAGAGGCCAUGUCCGUGGAUUCAGACUAUCCUUGUCAUCAAAGUUGAUAUAUUUGGACCCCUUUAACGACUGAGAGGCUCCAUGUACUGUCACUGGAGACUCUGCUCCAGUGGAAGCCUCGACAUCUUGGAAAUCUUGCAUCUUAUGGUGACGGGAUGGGAUAUCGAUCAAUAAUAGGUAGGUAGUAUUUCAAGACUUGAUUGUUUCGCUCGU